CGUUCCUCUUGAGCGAGAUCCGUGCGCCGCCUGACGGCGUACGCGGUGCCGCUCGAGCCAGAAGGCGUUGCGUUACGCCAUUGUUGAAAAGGACAGCGCUCGAAGCGCGCACCGGGCCUGGGGACGCUCCACGCCGUCUUACCCGUUUUUCACCAACUCCACUGCUGUGAUAUUAGAUUGUUUUAUAUCUCCUUACUGGAAACGAACGAGGACAGAACUACUACCAUGGACGACGACCAGCAGUUCUGCCUCAGGUGGAACAACCACCAAAGCACGCUCGUACAAAAUUUCGACACACUUCUCGAAAGCGGGACGCUGGUCGAUUGUACUCUGGCAGCGGAAGGUAGAUACCUUAAGGCCCACAAGGUAGUUCUAUCGGCGUGCAGUCCAUACUUUGAGGGCCUCCUCAGCGAGCACUACGAUAAGCAUCCAAUAUUCAUAUUAAAGGACGUUACCUUUAAUGAACUGAAGGCGAUGAUGGAUUAUAUGUAUAGGGGCGAAGUAAAUAUUGGUCAAGACCAGUUAACACCUCUUCUGAAAGCCGCUGAGUCUCUGCAAAUUAGGGGCCUUUCCGAUAAUAGAACGGGUGAAAGUAGGAAGGCAGACUCCAGGCCACAGAAAACCGUCUCACAGCCGACAGCACCGUCGUUAGACAUUCCACACACGUCUUCCGGUCUGACGAUAGAAAAGAACAGAGUUCCUAGGCAGAGUAUGGCACAAGGUUCCGUGGGGGAUUUACCGGAGGACACGGCCAGUCCGCAAGUUUCGAAAGGGAUCUCCUCGAGGGAAGGCUCACAAAGUCCUACUCCAAGAAGAAAAAAGAGACUUCGAAGAAGAAGCGUAGGUGACGAUACGACAACCGAAAGCCAAGAUGCUUCGAAUUCGAGCGACAUGCCGCAACAAAUGGGUGGCCCGUCGCUUGGAAUCGCGCCUGUGGCGGAGGAGAGAGUACACGCAGAUCCGACCGACUCACUCGGCAGGUCAGCUUUGAUGACGCAGCUGACGAAGCCCGCCGACGAGAUGUUACAGCUGCCACUUGAAAAGCCCGAGCCAAGCGAUAAUCUCGUCGAGCCAAAGUCUGAAUACCUCGAGGAGCCUGAGGAGGGCGUCGAAGAUUUGACGCUAGAUGAUGAUAUGAACGAUCUUAACGAGAUGGAGCAGGACAACAAUCGAGCUGGACCGUCCCACGACUCCUCCCAACACCCUGCAGGCCUUGGCGCGUGGCACGUUACUGGUGACAGAAGUAACGCGGGAGGUGUCGUGGGGUCAGUUGGAGGCGCUCCAGGAACGGACGAAGUCUUUCUCGCAGCCCAGGAGGCUGUUCAAGCCCAUCGCGACUCGCAAGAAGAAUCGUGGAGUAAAAGAACGAGCAAACGCACGAGGGGGGUACCAGAAGAAGGAAGGGAAGAAGGAGCAGCGGGAGAAAGCAGCGGUAAUCUCGUUAAUGAUAAAUCUGUCAUGAUGAACACCGCGCAAACGAAGAAGAGGGGCAUGAUAUCCACAGACGUCCCGGAGACGAGGAAAGGAAAGCCUAAACCUUCAACGAGUACCGCGGGAACGAAGACGCGAGAUUGCCAGCCUUCGACGAGUAGCGGGGGAAUGAAGAGACGAGACAAGUCCCAGCCUUCGACGAGUACCAAGCAGACCGAGAUCAUUUCUCUGAGUGACAGCACCGAUGCCAGCGAUAACGAGAACUCCUGGAUGAACUCGAAGGACGUCGCGCGCAACCAAAAGGCCCAGAUACACAAGUGCCAGUUCUGCAGCGACCUUUUCGAGCAUCGCGGCAGUCUGGUCAGGCAUAUGACGAUUACCUGCCUGUCGAAUCCGCAAUCGAAGGCCAAUAUAAAUCGUGGCACCGAGCUGAUGAAGGUGACAGUCUAUACCUACAGGUGCAAACGAUGCAAUCUCGAUUUCUCCACCGAGCAGUCUCUGCGGCAGCAUCGAUCGCAGCAUCACGGUGCGCGAGAAAGAGCGCGCCCGAACGCACGAUGGAACGUGGAGACUAUCCUAUCCUUUCCUACGUACAAUUGUCCGCAUUGUGACGUGAGUUACACGAAACCCGGUAACUUGAAGAGACACCUGUUGUUCGGCUGCGGCCGUGAUCCCAACUUUCGAAUGAUGAGAUAAACAUUCUCAUUAUCGAGUCUUCGAUAUUUAACGGUAUUGCAAGUAUUUUUCAAACGUGAUUGAUUUUUCCAGUCAUAGUUGACCAACGUUUUUCGAAAGAAUGCGGAUAUUUCGUACGUACAUAAUUAUAUUACAUUUGUCAUCAUUUCGAAUGAAUACGGAAUAUAUAUGUAAAAUCCAAUUGAUAUUACUAUUUCUAAAUAAACUUAUAAUCGAUGG